GGCUCCACGCGCGCAGCUUUAGUCCCCGCCCCUGGAGCCGGCGGCGCAGGGCGCAGCUUCCCGCCGCCCGAGCUGGCAGCCUGCUGCGUGCGUGCGUGUGUACGCCUCUGCGUGCGUGCGUGCGUGCGUGCGUGCCGUCAGCUCGCCGGACACCGCGGCCUCGCCCUCGCCCUCCGCCCCUGCGCCUGCACCGCGUAGACCGACCCCCCCCAGCGCGCGCACCCCGUAGAAAACCCCCGCCCGUGUCCCGACCGGUCCCCGCCUUUUUGUAAAACUUAAAGUGGGCGCAGCAUUAACGCUUCCCGCCCCGGUGACCUCUCAGGGGUCUCCCCGCCAAAGGUGCUCCGCCGCUAAGGAACAUGGCGAAGGUGGAGCAGGUCCUGAGCCUCGAGCCGCAGCACGAGCUCAAGUUCCGAGGUCCGUUCACUGAUGUUGUCACCACCAACCUAAAGCUUGGCAACCCGACAGACCGAAAUGUGUGUUUUAAGGUGAAGACUACAGCACCACGUAGGUACUGUGUGAGGCCCAACAGCGGAAUCAUCGAUGCAGGGGCCUCAAUUAAUGUAUCUGUGAUGUUACAGCCUUUCGAUUAUGAUCCCAAUGAGAAAAGUAAACACAAGUUUAUGGUUCAGUCUAUGUUUGCUCCAACUGACACUUCAGAUAUGGAAGCAGUAUGGAAGGAGGCAAAACCGGAAGACCUUAUGGAUUCAAAACUUAGAUGUGUGUUUGAAUUGCCAGCAGAGAAUGAUAAACCACAUGAUGUAGAAAUAAAUAAAAUUAUAUCCACAACUGCAUCAAAGACAGAAACACCAAUAGUGUCUAAGUCUCUGAGUUCUUCUUUGGAUGACACCGAAGUUAAGAAGGUUAUGGAAGAAUGUAAGAGGCUGCAAGGUGAAGUUCAGAGGCUACGGGAGGAGAACAAGCAGUUCAAGGAAGAAGAUGGACUGCGGAUGAGGAAGACAGUGCAGAGCAACAGCCCCAUUUCAGCAUUAGCCCCAACUGGGAAGGAAGAAGGCCUUAGCACCCGGCUCUUGGCUCUGGUGGUUUUGUUCUUUAUCGUUGGUGUAAUUAUUGGGAAGAUUGCCUUGUAGAGGUAGCAUGCACAGGAUGGCAAAUUGGAUUGAUGGAUCCACCAUAUCAUGGGAUUUAAAUUUAUCAUAACCAUGUGUAAAAAGAAAUUAAUGUAUGAUGACAUCUCACAGGUCUUGCCUUUAAAUUACCCCUCCCUGCACACACAUACACAGAUACACACACACAAAUAUAAUGUAACAAUCUUUUAGAAAGUUAAAAAUGUAUAGUAACUGAUUGGGGGGGGGAAAGAAUGAUCUUUAUUAAUGACAAGGGAAACCAUGAGUAAUGCCACAAUGGCAUAUUGUAAAUGUCAUUUUAAACAUUGGUAGGCCUUGGUACAUGAUGCUGGAUUACCUCUCUUAAAAUGACACCCUUCCUUGCCUGUUGGUGCUGGCCCUUGGGGAGCUGGAGCCCAGCAUGGUAGGGAGUGCGGUCAGCUCCACGCAGUAGUCCCCACGUGGCCCACUCCCGGCCCAGGCUGCUUUCUGUGUCUUCAGUUCUGUCCAAGCCAUCAGCUCCUUGGGACUGAUGAACAGAGUCAGAAGCCCAAAGGAAUUGCACUGUGGCAGCAUCAGACAUACUCGUCAUAAGUGAGAGGCGUGUGUUGACUGAUUGACCCAGCGCUUUGGAAAUAAAUGGCAGUGCUUUGUUCACUUAAAGGGACCAAGCUAAAGUUGUAUUGGUUCAUGUAGUGAAGUCGAACUGUUAUUCAGAGAUGUUUAAUGCAUAUUUAACUUAUUUAAUGUAUUUCAUCUCAUGUUUUCUUAUUGUCACAAGAGUACAGUUAAUGCUGCGUGCUGCCGAACUCUGUUGGGUGAACUGGUAUUGCUACUGGAGGGCUGUGGGCUCCUCUGUCUCUGGAGAGUCUGGUCAUGUGGAGGUGGGGUUUAUUGGAAUGUUGGAGAAGAGCUGCCAGGAAGUGUUUUUUUCUGGGUCAGUAAAUAACAACUGUCAUAGGGAGGGAAAUUCUCAGUAGUGACAGUCAACUCUAGGUUACCUUUUUUAAUGAAGAGUAAUCAGUCUUCUAGAUUCUUCUUACACCACCUCUCAACCAUUACUCACACUUCCAGCGCCCAGGUCCAAGUCUGAGCCUGACCUCCGCUUGGGGACCUAGCCUGGAGUCAGGACGAAUGGAUCAGGCUGCAGAGGGUUAGAAGCGAGGGCACCAGCAGUUGUGGGUGGGGAGCAGGGGAAGAGAGAAACUCUUCAGCUAAUCCUUCUACUACUAGUUGAGAGUUUGACUGUGAAUUAAUUUUAUGCCAUAAAAGACCAAUCCAGUUCUGUUUGACUAUGUAGCAUCUUGAAAAGGAAAAUUAUAAUAAAGCCCCAAAAUUAAGAA